AAGCUCCCACAAAACAAAGGCAGAGUCUCUGACAUUUCCACCCCCAUGUCUCUCGACGAAGAAGUCCUUGAGCCGCCUGAUGGCUACUAUAAGCACGAGUACAACUGGCAUCAAGGCCCCUACGCAUGCGGACAAUUUGGAAGUAGUUUUUCGGCUGCUCCAGCGCUCGAACGGCACGUCCGUGCAAGCCUGCACCGGGUCCAGUGGUUAUGCCAGGACUCCGAGUGCGAUAUGCACGGAGAGGAAUUUGCGACCAGCGCACUCUACUUCCAACAUUUCCAAGAGUCAGAUGGUCAUGGAGCUGUGAAAGACAGUGACGACUCGAUGGAUACUGAAUCUGAUUUCUCGCUGUCUCCCUCUGGACAGCAGAGCACUGAGGACGAUGUUUUCGGUUCCAUCACUUUCGAUGAAAACAUUUGUCACGAGCCCUGCUGCCGACACUACGGCGUAGAUUACAAGCGCAUAUCCGAGUACAUGCGUCAUGCGGACACCGGCAUCCACCGACUUGCCGUGACCAUCAACAAGUGUAUCGUCGCCAGUAUCCCUCCUGGUUCUGCUCUUUACGCUGAGCAGAAAGCCGUCCGAGAGCUGCGAUGUAUUUCCCCUCACUGUCUGAUGUUUGACCAGAUUUUUAAAACUGGCCGAGGUUUCUACAAACACCUUUCUGAGGGCUCUCACCGUGAGGGAUGGCCCGUUGAUUUGGGCAACGCAGAUCUCAACUACAACAGUGAUAAGGAUAUACUACCUGGCAUUGAGUUCUCCGCUGGUGGCCGCAAUGGUAGGUGUAUCAACGACAAGUGUCCCCGUUACGGAAUGAGGUUUGACUCCUAUGGAGAUAUGAAACAGCAUGCUAGGUCAUUUGGCCAUGCCCUGACUGAAGAAGACUUGGAGUCAACAGAGGCAGAAGAAUCCGGCGAUGAAAUCUGGAAAAAGAGCGACAUGUCUGGUAUGGAGGUCACCGAGUGCGAAUCCCGGUGGAGAUGUAUCAAGGAAGGGUGUAAGGGAUACAACCUGAUAAUGAGUCACCUUGGCAAUGUUAGGUCUCAUUUCAACUCAGAUGCUCACCUCAUGGCCGCCAUGGAAUUAAGCUCUUCCGACGAGUCCCUGGAACAACUUGAAGGCAUGAUCUAUUCUAAAGACGAACGAGCAUGGACAUGCGUCAAGGGUGGCUGCAAGAAAUUCGGCAACACUAUGCAACAGAUCGGCAAUGCCAGAAAGCAUGCCAACAGUGACGCCCAUAUCUUGGCUGACGAAUGGGCAAGUGCUCCAGGGAAUCCUCCAGAGCAGGAGGAAAUGCAAGGUAUAGGUUUCUCUCAUGAGAAAGGGGAAUGGUCAUGUGUGAGGCAUGCCUGCAAGGGCCGGGGCAGGCCCUUUGCCAGCGUCGGCUUUGCAAGAAAGCAUGCUAGAUGUGCUUCUCAUGUCAAAGCUGGCGAGGAUAUGGUGAUGACUGAGCCCAACAUGUAUGAAUUCAGCAUUCCAAAGUCUACCCCUAUGCGAACACCUGCUACUCAACUACUCACACCUGUCGAUAUGGACUCUUCCACUAUUUACAUUAGCCCCGAGAGCCCCUCCUCUGGUCGAGGCACCAAACCUUUUAGCACCGGAAGCACUCAUCGCACGGCCACAUCUGGUCGAACCCCAAAGACUAUUCGACUGCGACGCUCUCCUGCAACCAAACUGGGAAUGGAGAAACGGCAACUCGAGUUGGAGAACAAGAACCAUGAUCUAGAAGAGAGAGUUUCGAAGCUGGAAGAGCAGAUGGGCCAGCUUCUUGCAGAGCAGAGCCCACAGGCUUCUCGAUCGGCUCACUCAGAAGUGCCGUCCCCUGGCUCGCCACUUCCUCCCCCAUCUUUGUCUCAGGCAUCUUCUCCUCUGACGUCUGUCUCUAAGUCUCCUGUUGCUUCAGCAUCGGUUAUCUAUAGUCUCUCGAGGUUCGUCCGAUCACCGUUUCGUCCUAGAAUUCCUGUAGGUGGAGCUGGAGAACCAUUGCCAGCCCGUCCUCAAGUUACUAUGGAUGAAGAAGAAGAAGAGCUAUGA